ACGUUCUGCGGUUCUGCAAACAAAACAAGAAGCCAAUUCGAUCAUCAUUACAGAGCUAUUUCUUUGUAUAGAAAACACGAAUAACAUCCUUUGUUCCAAAUAACAUUAAGUGGCAUUACUAGUGACAAAAGUCUAAGGCAGUUGUAUUGAAAUGGCUAACGAUCCCGAAAGGUUUGAUACGAUGCUGCUAGCGAUGGCUCAGCAGCACGAGGGCGGUGUCAAAGACCUCCUUCAAACCAUUGUCAGUUUCCUUUCAAGAAAAACUGACUUCUUUACUGGAGGAAAAGAUGGGGAAUGGGAAAAGGUGGUCAAAGAUACAUUCUACGCCCAUGCAACAAAAGCUAAGGAGGCAGCAGAUAAAAUCAAGAAAGAAAAAGAGGAAGAAGCGAAGAGACUGAAAGAUAUACAGGCAAAGAAAGAGAAAGAGCGUCUUGUACAAGAUUUCGAGCCAGCUAAGAUUGUGGAGCUGACUGAACAAGAGGCUGAUAAAAUGCAAGCCGAUAUAGAUUUGGAAAAGAACAAAACACAAGAGGUUGGAAGUGGCGAUGGUGGUGAAAGCAGCACUGAAGCCGACAAACCUGCAGAAGAAGAAGAUGACGACCCCAAAGAAAAAGGCAAGAUUAAGCCUAACGCUGGCAACGGUUGUGAUCUGGAGCACUACCGGUGGACGCAGACUUUGGAAGAGGUUGAGCUGCGAGUCCCACUCCGGCAGGUGCUCAGGCCCCGCGACCUUACCGUGGUGAUUUCCAAGAAGCAUCUCAAAGUGGGCAUCAAAGGCCAGCCGCUGAUCAUCGACGGGGAACUAGACGCAGAAAUCAAGAUGGAGGAGUCCACGUGGGUGCUACAGGAUGGACGCAACCUGCUUGUCAAUUUGGAAAAGGUGAACAAAAUGAAUUGGUGGAGCAGAUUAGUCACGACGGAUCCUGAGAUUUCUACAAAGAAAAUCAACCCAGAGCCAUCUAAACUUUCUGAUCUGGACGGAGAGACCCGCGGGCUAGUCGAGAAGAUGAUGUACGACCAGAGACAGAAGGAAAUGGGGCUGCCCACCAGCGAUGAACAGAAGAAGCAAGACGUACUCAAAAAAUUCAUGGAACAACAUCCAGAGAUGGACUUCUCGAAGUGCAAAUUUAACUAAUUUAAGUUAAUAUUAUAGUGUCUUAUAAGCUGAUUUUAUAUUUUUGUUCGUCAUAACAUGGCGCAUGGAUUUGCCUUUUAAUGCCAUACACAAAAUUACACACAAAGAUUUUAUGUUUAGUUCUAUAUCGCAUUAA